AUGGCCAAUCAAGACUUUCCAAGCUUCUCGUCUCUCUAUGCGCAUAUCCUUACCCUCUCCCCACCACUCUCACCGCCUCCCAAACCCACCUCUCCGUCUUUGACCCCCAAGAUCGCUUCCCUGUCCUUGCAUCCCACACUCGAAGCAGCCCUGCAUAUACUGAACAACGAUCUUCCAUCCGCUCACUUCUUGGUGCGGCACAUGCAAGCCGCCCCAGCGUACGAGGGUAUGUUUCUGCAUGGGAUACUGCACAGGAUUGAGGGUGACUUUGAUAAUGCGAGGGCAUGGUACCGGAAUGUAGAAGAAAGUGAGGUCUUUCGACAAACCUGGGGAGUGGGAAAGGGCGAGGAUGAAGAAGAAAUAAAGGGACUGGAGCGGGCGAGAGACUUCAUUAGUCGGGUCGAAGGAUUUGUGAAGCGAAAGGCAGGUGAUAGAGACUCUUUGGGCAGGCAAAGCAUCAGCGAGAUCAACUCCGUUGUGGAGUUUUGUCGGAGGAAAUUUGGGGAGGGAGAGGUCCGGGAUGCAAGUGAUGCUUUUGUGCAAGACGAUGAGAGGACUAGGGAAAUCAAGCAGAGCAUGUUGACAGGUGGCAAGGGCUUCAGAGAAUUUUAA